AUGUCACCUGCUGUCAUAUCGAACGUUGAUAUCGUGGACAUUCGCGGAAUCAAUCUUGAAAGCUCUUUGGCUCAGGAUAUCUAUCGUGGCCUCCAGGCAGAAGAGAAGAAACUCCCGACGCUACUACUAUACGAUACGAAGGGGCUCCGAUUAUUUGAGGACAUCACAUACUUGGACGAAUACUACCUAACGAACGCUGAGAUUGAGGUUUUGGAAACAAACGCUGCCAAAAUCGCAGCACUGAUCCCUGAGAAUUGUCAAUUAGUUGAACUGGGGAGCGGGAAUCUACGAAAGAUCGAGAUCUUGUUGAAUGAGCUUGAGCGAGCCAAAAAGUCGGUAGAAUAUUAUGCACUUGACCUGUCUCUGGAAGAGCUCCAUCGCACCUUCGCAGAACUUCCGUCGAAGAGCUAUCGUUAUGUCAAAUGUGGCGGCCUCUGGGGUACCUACGAUGACGGACUUGACUGGCUCAAUAAACCCGUGAAUAGGAAUAGGCCGACUUGGGUUAUGUCUUUAGGUUCGUCGAUGGGCAACUUUAACCCAACUGAAGCUGCUGGCUUCCUCGAGGGAUUCGCAAGGAGCCUGGGGCCGGCGGAUUCGAUGGUUAUUGGUUUUGAUCCCUGUAAGGACCCUGAACAGGUUUUCAGAGCUUACAACGAUAGUAAAGGCGUGACAAGACAGUUCUACCUUAACGGAUUGUCCAACGCAAACACCAUUCUCGGGUUCGAAGCUUUCAAACCGGGAGAAUGGGAUGCUAUAGGAGAAUUUGAUCCCGUACAAGGGUGCCACAGGGCAUUUUAUGUUCCAUUAACCGAUCUUGUUAUCAAGGAUAUAAAUCUCAAGAAGGGAGAGAAGAUAUUCUUCGAGCAAGCAUACAAAUACGGAGACGAGGAUUGUGAAAUACUCUGGAGUAGAGCUGGGUUACGCCCAGCCCAGAGGUUUGGCGACAAGUAUCAUCUCCAUAUCCUGUCGUCCGCAACUGCGAUGAUGCGGCCGUAUCAGUUACCAACAAAGCGGGCAGAGUAUAUGAAAGAUGUUGUUUCAAGCCUAGAGGAGUUUGAGGCAGUGUGGAAGCUGUGGGAUACCGCUACCACCGCCAUGGUACCUAACACGGACUUGCUCUCCAGGCCGAUCCACCUGAGGAACUCUUUGAUAUUCUACCUGGGUCAUAUCCCGGCGUUCAUGGAUAUGCACCUUACCCGCGCAAGUGAUGGCGUACCGACUGAACCGGCAAAUUUCCAUUCCAUGUUCGAGCGCGGUAUUGACCCCGAUGUUGACAACCCAGACCAUUGCCACGACCAUAGUGCAAUCCCAGACAAAUGGCCAGCAGUUGAAACAUUGGUAGAAUAUCAACGGAAGGUGAGGAUGAGGGUGAAGUCCCUAUACCCAAGGGUAAAGGCAGGCGAUAGGAAGAUCUGCGAAGCUAUCUGGAUUAGCUUCGAGCAUGAGACAAUGCAUUUAGAAACGUUCCUCUACAUGCUUUUGCAGAGCAGCAGCAUCAUGCCCCCUCCCGAAGCUGCUAGACCAGAUUUUAAACAGUUAGCAUCGGAGUCAGCUAAGAGGGCUGUUCCUAACGAAUGGUUCGAAAUCCCAGGACAAACACUGGCCAUUGGCCUUGAUGAGCCAGAGCCAAAUGGGAUCCCUAGAGAUUCCUUUGGAUGGGAUAAUGAAAAGCCGCAGCGAAUAGUCCAGGUACCAAGCUUCGUGGCCAAGGCUAGGCCAAUAACCAAUGAGGAAUACGCCAAAUAUCUCGAAGAGAACAACAUCGAACGGGUUCCUGCGUCUUGGGCUGAACGUUCAACUGAGAGUGGUUCUGCUGGCGGCGAAUCUACCGUUACGAAUGGUUCUCAUAAUAUCAUCACUAAAUAUUCGGUCCGUACCGUUUUUGGCCCAGUACCUCUAGAGUGGGCACUUGAUUGGCCCGUUGCUGCAUCUCAUGAUGAGCUAAAUGGGUAUGCGAAGUGGAUGAAGUGUAGGAUUCCUACCUUCGAGGAGGUUAGGAGCUUAUACAAGUACUCACUUACCUCACCCACUGGGACCAACCAUCACGAAAAUGGAUCUACAACUGCUACUACGAAUGGGACCAAGAAGAUAGGGGGAGCCAGCUCGAAUGGGGCAGCUAGUCACCCGGAGCCAGUGCAGAACAAGCGCUGCCCGGAUCACCAGCCGGUACAAACUCCUGCUAGUACCCAUGAGCCAGUGUAUGUUGAUCUCGACGGUUGUAACGUCGGGUUCACACACUGGCACCCAACUCCAGUCACCCAAAAUGGAAACAAGCUUUCCGGUCAGGGCGACUUUGGAGGAUUAUGGGAAUGGACUAGCUCUACUAUACAAGCCCAUGAAGGGUUUAAGCCGAUGGAUCUUUACCCGGCGUAUACUGCUGACUUCUUUGAUGGCAAACAUAAUAUUGUUCUUGGAGGGUCGUGGGCAACGCAUCCACGACUAGCGGGUCGCUCUACUUUUGUCAAUUGGUAUCAGCGAAACUACCCAUACGUCUGGGCUGGUGCUCGUCUCGUACGUGACGAUUGA